AAAGACAAUAAAAAAGAUUUGGAGUCACUGUAUAGAAAAACGAAAUAUCACAAAAAAGAAAAGGAAACACAAUUUUUAUUAUUUUCAAAAGAAAUUAAAAGCAACAGAGAUUUUGUUUAAAUAAAUAAUCAAUGAAAAUUGAAACAAACAAAAUGAACAAGUGAAAAUCUUAUCGGAAGUACAAAAAGCAAGGUCUUGUUUUAUUCUCCCAAAUACUAUUCAGGCAAUAGGGUUGACUGCCACCGAAAAAACAGCAGUAUUAAAAUACUAAAUAAAACAGUUAUAGAAAAUAAAAUAAUAUUUAAUUAAUAACAAAAAUACUUGCAUUAAAGAAAUUUAACUACAAUGAGGUUCGUUCGAGAUCCCUGUGGUGUGGCUUGUCUGAUAAUUACAUAUAUGAUGGUAAUUUAUGCUGAUUAUGUGGUGAUGAGAUGGAUUAUUUUGCAGACAAUGCAUGACAGUAUUUGGGCUCCUUUACAUGUGGUCCUAUUCAAUACCGUCGUUUUCCUAUUGGGUUUGUCACAUCUAAAGGCGGUUUUAUCCGAUCCGGGAACUGUGCCCUUGCCAGCAAAUCGUCUAGAUUUUUCUGAUUUACAUACGGUGGGUAAAAAUAAUGUUACAGGCAAUGGUCACAAUGAGUGGACGGUGUGUACACGUUGUGAAACUUAUCGGCCACCGCGAGCUCAUCAUUGUCGCAUUUGUAAGCGCUGUAUUAGACGUAUGGACCAUCAUUGUCCCUGGAUUAACAAUUGUGUGGGUGAACGAAAUCAAAAGUUUUUCUUGCAAUUUUUGGUAUAUGUUGGCAUGCUGGCGCUAUACUCUAUUGCAUUAGUUGUAGGAUCUUGGGUAUAUCCGUGUGAGGAAUGUGGAUCGGAUACAUUGGAGUCGCAGACAAGAUUAUUACACAGUGUUAUAUUGCUUUUGGAAUCGGCUUUAUUUGGUUUAUUCGUUUUAGCGAUAAUGGUAGAUCAAAUGCACGCCAUAUUACACGAUGAAACCGCCGUAGAACAGGCUCAACAAAAGGGUUCAUAUCGACCAAAUAGACGUAAAUUUUAUUUAUUAGCUGAUGUCUUUGGUAGAGGUCAUCCCGCUUGUUGGCUGUUGCCUUGUACAAGUUUUUCAUCGUCCUCCUCUACUCUGCGUUACUAUGAUACUCCCCUACUGAGUCAUGAUGUUUAAAUGAAAUUUAAAUGUAGAAGAAAAAAAUAUAAAUAUAAUAUCUAUUUUUUAUUAUUAACAUUUUCUCAUUAAAAAGUAAUUGUUAUUAUUUUAAGUAGAAUUUCUUUUGCAAGCAGAAAUCCUUAUAAUUUUCCUUUUGCAUUUAAUAUUCUAUUGUGCUGUAAAAUAUACUCUUGAUAAUAUUUAUUUAUUUAUUUUUAUUUAAUUUACAUAUUUUGUUUAUGUAUAGUUUCAUCGUAAUUCCCUUCUUGAUUCUAAUUCAUUUAUACAUGCAUAUAUCGUCACCUGAAAUUCAAAAUUUUACAGAAGAGACAAAAAACUAAAUAAAAUUAAAACUAUUGGGAGAAUCCAUAUCAAAACGAACAGAAAAUAGCAAUUUUCGGAUUUACCAUCUCCGAUUUUAAUAAAAUUUCCAACACAUAUUAAAAGUGUUCAUCUAAUCAAUGACUUUUUGAUCGGGAUUCCGUUUCAAUACAAAAAUAUCGCGCUUUGAAAUUUUAAAAAUAUGUUAAAAUUGUCCGAAAGUAUAUACAUAUACAUAUAUACAUAUAAAUUGAAAUUGAUUACACUGUGUAUUUUUUCUGUUUGUUUAAUUUUUCAUAUGAUUUUGUAUAAAAAACUUGCUUAUAGUGGGUUAAUAAUACCUGAAUUACACGAGUCUCCAUUGAAAAAAUUCACUAAAAUGGAGAAGAGAGUUUAGGUAUCCUCAUACCAUGUAUUUUUAUAAUUUUUAACACGGGGCUGUCUGACCUAUUUGACAUUGAAAUAUACACUAUGAAAGUUGACCUUUAACCUUUUGGAAGCAAAAUAUUCUAUUCACGCGAUUUUAAAGGCUUUAAUAUGAAAUAAAAAAUGUUGGACUUUAAGUAGUUUCAGAGUUAUGGGCAAAAUGUAAAUGUACUUUUAUGAAAUUUUAUGAAAUCACGUGUAUGUACUUUUAUAAAAUUUUAACAUAUUUUUCAAUUUUCAAAUCAAAAGUCAAUGAUAUGUUGAACAUAUUAUGUAUAUUAUAUGUGUGGUAAGUUUCAUUAAAAUCGGAGAUGGUAAAUCCGACUGCUGUCCGCUUUCACAUGGAUUCUCCCUAUUGUUGUUAUAAAAAUGUCUCUUUGUAUAUCAAUAAACAUGUUUCAAUAUAAAUUUAUAACAUUAUUGUGUUGCUUUUUAGGACUUUCUAAAAGCAUUUUGAAUUUUAUGUUAAUAAAAUUGGUGUUUUUGACAAUAAAGUUUACAUUUUCAAUGAAAAAGUCGAUUUUAAAAUUUGUUGGUUGUUACGCCUUUUUGCAUUUCAGAUGACGAUAUUGUAUUAUGUUGUUCAAUUUAAUUUUUUAUUUUGAUUAUUGUAUAUGUAAUUGGAAGAUUAAAAAGAAUUAAUUAGCCUUAAUUGUAAUUAUAAUUUAAAAUAAUAUUAAACAUAAUCACAUUUUUUAAACAGAUUACAGUUCUUAAUAUCAAUGGAAAAUGUAUUAAUGAACUAACAAACUAUCUCUAUAUAUCUGUAUAAUUAAUUUUAAGUGGAGCCUUUAAAAUUUGAAUCUUAUAACUAAUUAAUGAUAUUAUAAUUAUUUACUGUGAAAAUGCAUUUAGGUUUUAUUUGUACUGAUUGGUUUAAUCGAGGAGGUACAAAAUAAAUUAAUUGUUUAAGGUUUGAGACAUUAAAGAAACAAAAAUGAAAGAAAUAUAGCAAGAAUAAUACUUUCUUAUAAACCUCAAUAUUUAGGACGAUGUUCGGCAACAUGAAUUUAUAAUGUAAAAUUUAAUUAAAAAAAUAAAAUAUUAGUGAGUACACACAUAUUUUAA